CGUCUACGAAGAAAAAGAUCGUCUUACAAGAUGGUGGUCUGUGGACGUUAGCUGGGAGGCCGUCAGAGUUGUUGUGCUGUCUUUUAGUGUUACUACUUGAACAUUUGGCCUUGUAUUUAGUAGCUUUAGGUUGUAGACGUAAUGUGUCGAUGAAGUAGUCCCAGAUAUAUAUUUCGGUUAUCUUAAAAGUUAAUUCAGAAGCGCAUGUUUUAUAACAUGCAGGCGGGGAAAAAGUUAACAGGUCGAGGAAAACACUAGACGGGGGUGAAGCGAUAGUCUGUUAGCAGCCAGCUAGCCUGCUAGCUCCGACUCGGUUAACCACCAUGUCGGACACACGGCGGCGAGUGAAAGUUUACACCCUCAAUGAAGAACGGCAGUGGGACGAUCGGGGCACGGGACACGUCUCGUCCACUUUUGUGGAGCGACUGAAAGGGAUUUCGUUAUUGGUUCGAGCUGAGUCUGACGGAUCAUUGCUGUUGGAGUCAAAGAUAAGUCCAAAUACAGCAUAUCAGAAACAACAGGACACGCUGAUCGUCUGGUCCGAAGCAGAUAAUUAUGAUCUUGCCUUAAGUUUCCAAGAAAAGGCUGGCUGUGAUGAGAUCUGGGAGAAGAUUUGUCAGGUUCAGGGUAAGGACCCUGCUCUGGACAUCACCCAGGACCCCAUUGAUGAGUCAGAAGAAGACCAUUUUGAGGAGAUUCCAGAAACAACUCAUCUAGUUGAGCUCCCUCCUUGCGAGUUAAGCAGACUUGAGGAAAUUGCUGAUCUGGUUACCUCUGUCUUGUCCUCACCAAUUCGGAGGGAGAAACUUGCCCUGGCGCUGAUGAGUGAGGGUUACAUCAAGAAACUGCUAGGUCUCUUCAGAGUGUGUGAAGAUUUGGACAACAGAGAGGGUCUACAUCACCUCUAUGAGAUUGUGCGAGGUGUCUUGUUCCUCAACAAAGCAGCCCUCUUUGAGGUUAUGUUCUCUGACGACUGUAUUAUGGAUGUGGUGGGUUGCCUUGAGUACGACCCCGCACUGGUUCAGCCGAAACGACACCGGGAGUUCUUGACCAAGACGGCAAAGUUUAAGGAAGUGAUUCCUAUCACAGACUCAGAGUUACGGCAAAAGAUCCACCAGACGUACCGGGUUCAAUACAUCCAGGACAUAAUCCUGCCUACUCCCUCUGUCUUUGAGGAGAACUUCCUGUCCACACUGACGUCUUUCAUCUUCUUCAACAAAGUGGAGAUUGUCAGUAUGCUGCAGGAGGAUGAGAAGUUCUUGACAGAGGUCUUUGCACAACUCACAGAUGAAGCCACAGACGACAGUAAAAGAAGAGAGCUGGUAAACUUUGUCAAAGAAUUUUGUGCUUUUUCACAAACGUUGCAGCCUCAAAACAGGGAUGCCUUUUACAAAACUUUGGCAAACUUGGGAAUUUUACCAGCUCUUGAAAUAGUCAUGGGGAUGGAUGACCUGCAGGUGAGAGCGGCAGCUAUUGACAUCUUUUCUUACCUGGUGGAAUUCAGCCCCUCUAUGGUCAGGGAGUUUGUCAUGCAGGAACCACAGCAAGCAGAAGAUGAUGUUCUGCUGAUUAAUGUUGUGAUCAAGCAGAUGAUUUGUGACUCUGACCCAGAGUUAGGAGGGGCUGUCCAGCUGAUGGGUCUGCUCAGGACACUCAUUGACCCAGAGAACAUGUUAGCUUCCACCAAUAAAACUGAGAAAACAGAAUUUCUGAGUUUCUUUUACAAGUACUGCAUGCACGUCCUCACUGCUCCUCUGCUGGCCAACACCGCACAUGACAAGAACUCAAAGGAUCAGCCUGAGGGUUCAGCAAAGAUAAACCCUGUCUGUCCAGACAAUUUCCAGACAGCUCAGCUGCUAGCUCUGAUCCUGGAGCUUCUAACCUUUUGCGUGGAGCACCACACCUACCACAUCAAGACCUACAUCAUGAACAAAGACUUGCUCAGGAGAGUGCUGGUGCUCAUGAACUCAAAGCACACCUUCCUUGCUCUUUGUGCCCUGCGUUUCAUGCGCAGAAUCAUUGGACUAAAAGAUGAGUACUACAACCGCUACAUUAUUAAAGGGAACUUGUUUGAGCCAGUCAUUAACGCCCUGCUGGACAACGGCACCCGAUACAAUCUUCUCAACUCUGCCAUCAUCGAGCUCUUUGAGUUCAUUAAAGUGGAGGACAUCAAAUCUCUUAUCGCUCACAUUGUGGAUAACUUCUACACGGCGCUUGAAUCCAUUGAGUAUGUCCAGACUUUCAAGGGGCUGAAAGGACGAUACGAGCAGGAAAAAGACCGCCAGAGUCAAAAACUCAACAAAUAUCGCAGAGACGCACGGUCUUUAGAUGAGGAUGAAGAGAUGUGGUUCAAUGACGACGAGGAUGACGAAGAUGGAGAGGCAGUGGAGAGGAGGAUGGAGGAGGACUUUUCUGAUAGCUAUGAAAAGUUCAUGGAAGCCAAAAAGGGAGCUGCUAACGGAGCCAACGGUGCCAACAAUGGGAAGUCUGCCUCAGUCCCUCCUGCCUCUCCUACAGUAGCUCCAAACAGUUCAUCUUCCUCAGUUAAAGCAGUCGCUCUUCCUGCCACACCUGUCGUAAAGACUGCUCUGGUUGGUUUGGUGGACUACCCUGACGAUGAGGAUGAAGAGGAAGAAGAUGAGGAGGAAGAGAAGUCUCCACGGAAACGACCUCGCUUGAGCUCUUAAGGCUAAUCUCACUUAGUCAUAGUGGACAGAAGUGGAGUCCCUCCCGUCCCCCUUCCUCUGGUCGUCUCAUCGGUCCUCGGCCUGCCCGUGCCACCUUCCCGUCUCACCGUGAAGACGAAGACGAGCUCCUGCCUUUCUCAGUCCUGAACUCUGCUGUUUGCUCCUUUUGAGGAAGGAGAUGGAGAAUUUCUCUGGAAAGACAUAUCAGUCUAUUCCUUCAGACUGAUGAUUUUUUUAAAACAUUUUUUUACACGUAACUCUUUCCCUAAGAUGCCCAACAUUUUUCUUUUUCUUCCUCCUGAGGAGAACUUCACUGGUCUUUGCCUGCACUCACCUGUUCUUUUCCUUCCUCCAUCAUUCACAACUGCAGAUUGUGGAAAUCACUCUUCCACUGUUUAUUUUUACUCUACUGUAUUGCUGUUGCAACCGUAGCGAGGAAGCCAUGGCUCAACGGCAGCCCUUUACAUCAUUUACCAAACUGGACCAGUGGGCUCCAGAGGCAAAGGAAGCCAAACCACGACCAGUCAGUCUAACUGCUCAGCUGGCCUCUCAGACUUUCAGGACUAGCCAUCAAAUAAAUAAAAAGUUUGACUGGAUGGAGCUGAAUGUGUGCUGCCCUGUCACAGGUAGAGGGAUCUUGGUAACAGAAAUAUAGACAAAAUAUUAAAAGGGGGGGAGAAGUGACUAAUCAAACUCGAACGCUCCUCUGUAAUGAUGCUUAGAUCGGAUAGAGCAGGACUCAAUUCUUAAAAGGCCGUUGCAUCAGUUUGCUCAAAACAGUCGCAGGAUUGUGUUAGUCGGACGUCCUGGAUUUCAACAAAAGUACUGUACAUAUACCCCCCCUUAAUUAUUUUUCACGAUGUAAUUUGAAAGUGGAAGGAAAUUCUUCCUUGUGAGAGAAAAAAAUUAUCGGGGUGGAAGUCACUCUACCUUUCCAGUCUAAUCUGAUUCGAUGUAAAAUGCAGAAAAGUUUGCAAAUACUUUUCUAAAAAUACACAUUAAAACUGCAGUAAAGUCACUUUGACAGACAUUUUGAAGAUGUCUGUAGUUUUGUAUUUUAGUCCAAUUAAGAAUGUUACUUUUAUGAUUUAUAUCUAAUGACAGCUCAACAUUUGGUUUUAACCCAGUAGUG